CAAAAUUUAAAUUUGAUAACAUAUCAAAUUAAAGAAAAGUUAGAUAAAUAUUGGCCAAUUAUGCAAGAAACAACUAAGAUUGCUGCUUUUUUUGAUCUGCAUUUUAAAAGAAUAGUUUAUCAUGAACAAUCAGUAGAUGAAAUAUUAAUUCUAAUUCACACAAAUCUUUCAACAAACUCAAAUACUAUCACUCAACCUUCUUUUAUAUUAAAAUGGUAUCAAUUUAUUCAAGAAUAUGCUAGUACAUAUAUGUCAAUUACAGAUUCAGAUUCUGAUGAGCUUAUUCAAUAUUGGGAAACAAUUGCACCACCUGAAGAAAUUUUUGUUUGUGAUUGGUGGAAAGCUAAUCAAUCAAUAUUUUCAAAUCUAGCAUUGAUGGCUAAAGAUUAUUUGUCUAUUAUGGCAAUGAGCAUUCCAUGUGAGCAACUAUUUAGUUUGGCAGGGCUAACAGUUACUAAAACACGAAACUCUCUUGAUAAUAAUAAUGUUCGGGCAAUAUUAUGUUUAAAAUCUUGGUUUACUGAAAAUUUAUAA